AUGGCCAAUCUUCAAGAAGUAAGGCUGUAUGAGAAUCACACGGAACGAGAAAAUGUAGAUAACAUGAGCGAGUUGUAUGCCGUCUUGAAUGCUUUGGAGUGUCUGGAGAAGGUCUUCAGUCGAGAUUACAUUUUGCCAAAUGAGUACACUGCCGAAUGUUCAAAGUUGUUAACCCAAUAUAAAGUAAGUUCAUGUUCUGAGUUUUUGGAGUUUUAGGUACAGUUGAGUGUGCACGACUGAUUAAUCGUUUUGCUGAUUGAUUAACGUGUCAUUUACUUUUAACUAUAUUGUAUUUGAUAAUUUGAUGUUUUUUAUUAAUUUUCUUUUAUGUUAAAUUUACAAAAUUUUUAUAUUUUGUGACAUUUAGGUAACAAUCAGACUUCUCCACGGAAUGAGUGUUGAGGAUUUUGUGAGAAAGUACAGAAUAAACUGCCCGGCUGCUUUAGAGAGGAUCAAAGAGGACCGGCCGAUCACGGUGAAGGACGAUCGAGGAAAUGUGUUGAAGAAUAUCGCUGGAAUCGUCGAGGUAUUCAUCACCUUGAUGGAUCAGUUGAAACUAAACAUUCGGAGUGUGGAUGAACUGUUCCCCAAUUUGGCCGAAUUAUACAACGCUCUGAACACGAUGAGUUCCCUUCCUGAUAACAUCGGUAUAAAACAGAAGAUCAAAAGCUGGUGAGUUUAAGUUUUAAUGGUUAAAGUACGGUAGUAGUCAAAGUUUAUUUAUUAACUUUUGUUUGUCAGGUUUUAAGAAAACUUACUCAUUGUUAGAAUAAUUAAUGUUUGAAGUUGCUUUUGUAAAAUCGGUUAUAAUAUUUAUUGGUAUUUAAAAUCUGACGUAUUAGGCAUGAUAAGUUGUCGUCGAUGACUGCCAGCGACGAGAUCUCGGAGGAGGAAGCCCGUCAGAUGGUGUUCGAGGUGGAAUCCGCUUACAACGACUUCAACCGCCAUUUGCGCAAUACUUAA